AUGGGCUCUGCUUCCACAUCAGGAGAACGCGAUUCUUCAGGUUGGAAGCCUCUAGUUUCCUCUAAUGCUGUCUUCUCUCGCCUUCUUGAUGCCAGCGAUCUUGCAAAACCAACUCAACAAAAGUCAACCAGGUCCAAACGAGUUGUCGCCGUCAAGAGAACAUCCAAAAAGCCAAUCCCCACCAAGAGACCACGCAAAAGACGAGGACAUCCUUCUGGGGAAUCUGAAACCAGCGUGGAUGAGUCAGAGGAUGAUGAUUUCAUAGAAGUUGAAACCAAGAAAUCUUUAGCCCCUAAACGACCUUCUACAGGGCUAGAACCUAAGGAUUCCAAAGAAGUACCGUCUGCAAAAACUUCUCUCCUCAGAAGUCAACGACCUUCAGAACAAUCGGAAAGUGAUUCAGAGGAAUCUGAGCAUAACGACUUCUUACAGUGA